CAGUGGCAGUCCAAUAGGAGGAGCAUCGGCGUUGCUAAGCGGCAGUUGGCUUUUUUUUUUCCCUCCCGCGGGAGUGAGUCCCUGAAGAUCUUGACCAGUGAGGCUCGGACCCUACAUCUUUGCUCCAGGCGCCUUGAGAUGUUUGCGGUCGAGACCGGAGCCUGGUGCACUGGACGUGAAAUUCGGCCUUCGGAUCGACGGAAGUGGGUAAAAGUAUUUGAAGCAUGUGAUGAAGAUAAAAAAGGCUAUCUAAGCAGAGAAGAUUUUAAAGUUGCUGUAGUCAUGCUGUUUGGGUACAAACCCUCAAAGAUAGAAGCAGAUUCUGUUAUGACAUCAAUAGAUCCAAAUGCUUCAGGUAUAUGUCUUGAAGAGUUUAUAAAACUCAUGCAGAGAAAGAAGUCAGCCCAACUCCAUCAGAAUGAAAUAAGACAGAUCUUCACAGCUUUUGACAGACAAUAUCGUGGAUUUUUAACUUUGGAAGAUUUCAAAAAAGCCUUCAGACAAGUGGCUCCCAAGUUGCCUGAAAGGAUAGUGCUUGAAGCUUUCAGGGAAGUAGAUCAGGACUCAGAUGGACAUGUCAGCUUUAAAGACUUCGAAUAUGCAAUGAACUACAGUCAAAAUGAAGCAUGAAUGUUGGAAUCUGCUUACGCCAAAUUCCAGAAAGCAAGGAAUUUAGCUUGGGAUCAACACAACAUCCAAUAUUUUGAGAAACCGCUUUCAGGCCUACUGUAAAAUUUAUCUUGUUCUUAAUAGAUUAUAAAUAUAUAAUUCAGCAUGUUUUCAUUUUGCAUCCUUCCAAUUUACAAAUAAUAUCACUUUAAUUAUGCACUCCCCGUGAUUAGACCCUUUCUUGAUUCUAGUUUUUAAUGUGACUUUUAGCUUUUAUAAUGGUCUAGUCUCUUUGCUAAUAAUGCAUUAGAGGAAGUUGGAAUGUGAUAUGAUAAAAAUUUAAGUGUCUUAGAAUUCUAGUGGAUAAUCACAUGUAGAUUAUUACUGAUAAAAGGAUAGUCUAUUACCUGGCCAGUAGCCUUAAAGGAGAAUGUAUUAAAAAGUGAAACGUCCAAACUGUAAUUCCAUUUGGAAAGGCUGAUUAGAAACAUUAAUGUAAAGAGAAUUUGAAGGAAGAGGUUAUUGAAGGGCAAAUCAGUUAAAUUGAGAGAAAGAAGUUACUUUUAAACCUUUAUAGUAAAAAUUGAGUAUAGUUUCUAUUCUCAUCAAUGUAAUAGUUGCUGGAACAGAGGAAAGACAAUGGAAGAGGAAGAGGUCAUGGAGUUUCAUUUGUCAGAUAUACAUUGUGAACGUGUGUAAAAAAUAUGUAUGCUUAUAUAUAUGAUAACGUAAUUGUAUAUCUCAAAAUACCUACAUAGCUACAGAUCUAGAAUCAUUAACUCAUGCAACAAUGACUUGCUGAGCAUAGGAGAUACUUAAUAAAGGUUGAAUUCAAUUAUGGAAUAUGGAAAACACUUGCCCAGUGCUUCAUAGAGACACAAAGAGAAUUGAGACAUUAUUCCUCACCUUAUGGAGCUUAAUCAGUCAAUCCGUAAACGUUUAUUAAAGUCCUACUAUGUGCCAGGCACUGUGCUAAGCAUUGAGAAAACAAAAGAGGCAAAAGAAAUCCCCUGCUUUUGAGGAGCUUACUACCUGUAAUUAAAUUUCACUAUUGGAUCUGAGGUUGACUUCCUGGUCAUAAGAAAGGUUCCCGCCAUGUCAUUAGUCACUUGCAACCACAGCUAUCUUAUCAAGCAGUCUAAUAGCACCAGAAAUUGCCUUUAGAGGCAGACCCCACCAGAAAUAGAGUAAACCAGUAAACACCACAGCACAGUAUUUGAGCUUUAAUUCAGAUCUUUUAUCACCCUAUGCACACAAGUUUAUCACAUCAAUCCAAUAUUUAUCCAUGGGGGUGUGGAACAGACUCUCAUUGAUCCGGAUAGCUUUUAAUGUCACUAUUAAACCACUUAUUCCUCUCUAGGCUUCACCAGGACUUUCUCUCCCUUGCCGUAGAAACCUCUUCAUCCUAGAGACUUAUUCUAGCCUUGCAAUCCACACAUCAGAAAUGUUCCCACCCCUGUAGCCUCUUCCUCUGAUUGGAUGGCUCCUCCCAGAACUUCCAUUUAAGGAAGUCACCCAGGCCUGCCACGUAGUCUACACUGCAAUCUUUUUCUAACAUGCCACCAUAAUGGUACCUUUGCCUCCCCACCCCCUUUUUAGCCCUCUUUUAUGUCUUAUCUCCCCCUAUUAGAAUGCAAACUCACUGAAGGCAGGAAUUAUCUUUCUGGUUGUAUUUGUUUUCCCAGCACUUGUCACAGAUAAUUGGCACAUAGUGUUUAAUGAAUGCAUGUAGAUUGUUGUUGUAGUUGUUGUUGUUGACUUAUUCAGAAAACAUAAUGAUCAGGUAUAUACUUUGCCCAUACUAUAUAUGUGGAUGACCUUGCAGUGUUGUAUCAAAAAGAUGCUUCAGUUAUGUGCUUACUGUCUUGGGAGUCACAUCAAAAUGAAAGGGACUUGGGGGCAGCUAGGUGGCGCAGUAGAUAAAGCACCAGCCCUGGAUUCAGGAGGACCUGAGUUCAAAUCUGGCCUCAGACACUUGACACUUACUAGCUGUGUGACCCUGGGCAAGUCACUUAACCCUCAUUGCCCCUCAAAAAACAAAAACAAAAAAAACAAAACAAAACAAAACAAAAAAUGAAAGGGACUUGUUUUUAAACAAUUCAGCCAGACACAGUUUUUCCACAUGGUUGGAAAGGAUGCCUGGGAUGGGAGAGAAUGUACUGUUCUCAAGAGCCAUUCCCUGAUAGAUAAAUGGCCAAAGGACAUGAAUGGGUAUAUUUCAAAGGAGGAAAUCCAAGCUAUCAACAGCCUUGUGAAAAGCUGUCCCAAUUCACUAAUGAUUAAUGAAAUGCAAAUUCAGACAACUCUGAGAUUCUACCUUAAACCCAUCAGAUUGGCAAAGAUUACCGAAAGAAAAGAAAAUGAGAAUUGUUGGAAGGGCUGUUAAAAAAUAAAACAAGACAAAACAAAAUAGGCACAUUCACUCGUGCACUUUGGGUGGAAAAUUGGUCCAGCUCCUCAGGAAUGGAAUUUAGAAUUGUGCACACAAAGUCACUAAACUACACAUUUAGACCAAUGAUAGUACUACUAGGCCUAUACCCCAGAGUGAUCAAAGAAAGGAAAAAGGCUCAUGUGAUAAAAAUAUAGCCAUUCAGAAAACUAAAGGUGUGCCCGUAAGCUGGAGAAUGGCUAAACAAAUUAUAGUAAUGGAUAUUAUUGCCCAUUAUUACCCAUAAGAAAUGACAAAAGAAAUGGUUUCAGAGAAACAGUGAAAGACUCCCACAAACCUAAUUCAGCAGAGCGAAAUGAGCAGAAUUGGGGGGCGGGGGGGAUAUGUACAAUAAUAACGAUAUUGUAAAGGAAAACAGCAUUCAAAGGCUUGAGAACUCUGAUCAAGGCAGUCACCAACAACGAUCCAAGGGGACAACUUGGUUUCCACCUCCUGACAGAGAGGUGAUGAACUGAAUAAAAAGAUUGAGAUACAAAUCUUCAGAUGCAGCUAAUGUGGGGAUUUCUUGCCAGGCUAUGUAUAUUUUAUGCAAGGGUUUUGUUUUUCCCUUUGUUCAAAUUUGGGGAAGAGGGUGCAAGAGAGUGUGAAGCUAUAUGGUGGCCCAAAAAAAGAAAAGUAGAUCAUUGAAGUAUUUUUCAGUGCACAGAAGGGACUAGAAAGAAAGACAAAAAGAAUCCCAAACAAGCAAGAAAGCUUUGAAAGUUAUAUGUCGAACCUACUAUAUACUUAAAAAGAAAAACAAGCCACAUGUAAAAUGGAGACUGUUUUUU